GCCGCUCCACGUCCCUCGGCACGCGGGUGCCCGCCGGGAUCGCCCCGCCCGUGCCGCGCGCGCCUGCCGGGAAUCGCCGGCGUGAGGGGCAGGUCCGGCCGCUGCCCGCCCGGCCCGAGCUGAUCCUCCGGGAUCGGCUUGGCCGACGGAUCCUGCCCCACGAGGUGGGAGGUGCCCGCUGCGGAUGAGCUGAGGAGGUGGCGGGCUGCCCGCGGCGCCAUGGACAGCUUCCUGGAGGAGGAGGAGGAUGAGGAGGCCUUGGCGGGGAGGAGGAGGAGCCCCGGCGCCCCGGCGGGGAGCGCCUUGCAGCCGCCUCUGCAGCUGCCCUUCCUGCCGGCGCUCCCCCACCAGCCGGCAUCUUCCCAUGAACACAAACUGAACUUCAAGAAGAGCAAGGAAGCCUGUCUAAGUUACCUUCAGGAUGCCAUGCUACAAAAGCAGUGGAAAAGGGCUGCAGAGUUUCUGACCUUCUAUGUUGAGUCACUAGAGAAGGACUAUUCCAGAGAACCCGUCGGUCCGUCAGAGAUGAUUUGGAGAAUAGGAACUGAAAUUCUGUGCCAUCAUUCCCAUAGCAACAUGAAAGAGUUCAACUGCUUCAUGGAACAGAUGAAAACUUUAGGAGUAAAAAGGUAUUUGAAGGUCUGCUUGGAGCAUGUCUUUCAUCUCCUUUGUAAUGGGCAAAUAGAUGAAGCUUACCAAAACCUGUCCCUGGCAGAAAGCUGGAGGUUUGGAGAACAAACAGCCAUUCAGGAUAAAGAAAUGAAACUGAUUCAGGCUUACAGGGGACUGCUGGACUACUAUAACUGGUCUAAGCAGAAGAACAUCCUCUUAGAGCAUGGUGCAGAUGGAUUUGCAGACUUGUCUGUUGAACAGGAAAUGCACAGUUGCUUUCGGAAGGCAGCGGUGAACUUGAAGGAGAUUAUUAAAAUACCUGGAGUCUGGGAUCUCUUUGUGAAAUGCUAUGUGGACAUGUUGGAAUUCUAUGGAGACCAUAAUGAAGCCUGCCAAGUACUGAAUGAAUAUGCCUACAACUCAAAGUUUCCUGCCAAUCCCAAUGCUCAUGUCUACCUCUACCAGUUCCUGAAGAGACAGGGCGAGUCAAAGAAGUCGCUCAUCUCUGCACUGAAGAUCUUGCAUGAUAUUGUUCCGUCUCAUGAACUUAUGAUAGACUUUAAUACCAUGCUUCAAAAAUCAAAGAAAAGAAAAAAACGUCGGCUGGGGCUAGAAGUUAUUUUUGCGGUCUUGGAUUAUGCUGGCUGGAAAGAAAAUGUGAAAGCGUGGAGCUGCUUGACAAGACAGGUGAAACAAAUUGUAAUCGCUGAGAAGCAUCUUGACUGGAUCAAGCAAGAGUGGAGCUCCAGGAAGGACUGGUGGCCAGCCUUCCAUUUUAGCCGGUACUUGGCAAAAAGGAACUGGCAGGAAAAUAAAAGCCUUUCAUAUGAAAAAGCUCUGGUGGCUGGAAUUUUACUGGGAAAGGAUUGCAAGUAUUUUAAAUAUGUAUCACACCAAGGCUGCAAAGCUCAGGUGAAAAGGUUCCGGAUGCUGAAGAAAUUUGUGAAUAGGCACAAUCCUGUCUACCUGAGAAUAUCUGGGCUUUCUGAUUCCUCUCUACAACCUUGAUUAGAAGGCAUCCUUAAGGUUCUUGUACUUUUUCCUCUCUGUAAAACUGACUUCUGGGUUGGUGCUACUGUAAAACUUCUGGGCAGACCCUGUCGACUCAGUACUAGACUUUUUAAUAUACUUCUGUAAAAACUCUUUGGUUUGUAUUUGUUUUAUAAUAAAAUGAAUAUAAAUCAAGGGAUGAGGUUGAAGAAUGUGUUUAAUGUUAGUCCCAUAUUUCUGCAUGAAAUGCAAACAGCAUUGAUUUCAAAUACAGCUUGAAAAUGACUUAGUCACUAUGGUUUGUAAUCUCUAUUUCACUAGUAUUGCAAGGUUGAGCCUCCUCAAGAGGUGGUGGAAAGUAGUUCAAACUCCAUCCAGGACUAGCAGUGGCAUUCAUAACAGGUUACAUGUCUUAACCCAAGAACAGUACUUGACACACUGUCAAAAUGUGUUUUGAACCUGUAACCACGUUUCUGCUUAUAACUGAUCAUUUAUUGAAACGGGGAAAAAUGGAGAGGCAUCAGUCACUUUUUCUAGCAUUGUGUAUUGAUAAGAAUUAUUGAUUGUGAAGAUCUACUGCAGCUUGUUCAAACAGAUGAGGCAGUUCAGCAUGUCUAAAGGCAGUUUUUCCACAUGUCAUAUUUGGGGGCUCUGUGUCCAGCUCAGGGAUUGUUUUCACAUUGCUGGUAGGAGGGAGUGAAAGGUUGCUGUAGCUGCGUGGCCACGGUGUUGCACUGCUUUGAAAGAGCAGACCCACAGAAAUACUGAAAACUCUACUUGGUGGAAGAGACCUUCUAGAAUUUUUUUUUUUGCAGUCUUUCCUAUGAGUUGAAAUAUGCAGUGUUGCUGUGCUUAGAAAGCACACCUUAAUGUGUUGUCACAAACUAGCAUUCCAGCUUGCGUGAAAACAACAACAAAAUGCUUUCCAAGUACUACUUCUGUUUUAAUGAGAGAUAUGUAGAAUUCUGGAGGAUGAACUGCUUGAACCCACCUCUGGGAAUGAAACAAAGAUGUCUUUGAGUAGCAGAGUAGUUCAUGAAUAAGUACACCUGGGCUUUUAAAAACUCAGUGUUUAUCUGGAAUUUUGGCCUGGAUUAAUUUGGAUCGUGUGAGAAGUGCCUUAAGACAAUGUGUCUAGCCUUGAGAGCUACUUGCUGUAACUGUAUGUUUUAUUAAAAAAAGGCAAUUACUCAUCAUUCCCAA